UGACGACUUUGACUGCAACUGCACUGGCAACUUUCUGAACCCACCAGACUGCAACGUCUGUGGACUACCGUGUGAGAAUGGAGGGACACCCGAAGAAACAAACUGUACUGAAUGCAUGUGUCUUGGAGGAUAUACCGGACAGUUUUGUGAGCUAGAUAUCGACGAAUGUGAAGAAGAUAUGCCUUGUCUGAAUGAAGCCACUUGUCUCAAUACCAAUGGAUCUUUCACUUGCAUGUGUCCCCCAGGAUAUACCGGACAGUUUUGUGAGCUAGAUAUCGACGAAUGCGAAGAAGAUAUGCCUUGUCUGAAUGAAGCCACUUGUCUCAAUACCAAUGGAUCUUUCACUUGCAUGUGUCCCCCAGGAUACACCGGACAGUUUUGUGAGCUAGAUAUCGACGAAUGCGAAGAAGAUAUGCCUUGUCUGAAUGAAGCCACUUGUCUCAAUACCAAUGGAUCUUUCACUUGCAUGUGUCCCCCAGGAUACACCGGACAGUUUUGUGAGCUAGAUAUCGACGAAUGCGAAGAAGAUAUGCCUUGUCUGAAUGAAGCCACUUGUCUCAAUACCAAUGGAUCUUUCACUUGCAUGUGUCCCCCAGGAUAUACCGGACAGUUUUGUGAGCUAGAUAUCGACGAAUGCGAAGAAGAUAUGCCUUGUCUGAAUGAAGCCACUUGUCUCAAUACCAAUGGAUCUUUCACUUGCAUGUGUCCCCCAGGAUACACCGGACAGUUUUGUGAGCUAGAUAUAAACGAAUGCGAAGAAGAUAUGCCUUGUCUGAAUGAAGCCACUUGUCUCAAUACCAAUGGAUCUUUCACUUGCAUGUGUCCCCCAGGAUACACCGGACAGUUUUGUGAGCUAGAUAUCGACGAAUGCGAAGAAGAUAUGCCUUGUCUGAAUGAAGCCACUUGUCUCAAUACCAAUGGAUCUUUCACUUGCAUGUGUCCCCCAGGAUACACCGGACAGUUUUGUGAGCUAGAUAUCGACGAAUGCGAAGAAGAUAUGCCUUGUCUGAAUGAAGCCACUUGUCUCAAUACCAAUGGAUCUUUCACUUGCAUGUGUCCCCCAGGAUACACCGGACAGUUUUGUGAGCUAGAUAUAAACGAAUGCGAAGAAGAUAUGCCUUGUCUGAAUGAAGCCACUUGUCUCAAUACCAAUGGAUCUUUCACUUGCAUGUGUCCCCCAGGAUACACCGGACAGUUUUGUGAGCUAGAUAUAAACGAAUGCGAAGAAGAUAUGCCUUGUCUGAAUGAAGCCACUUGUCUCAAUACCAAUGGAUCUUUCACUUGCAUGUGUCCCCCAGGAUAUACCGGACAGUUUUGUGAGCUAGAUAUCAACGAAUGCGAAGAAGAUAUGCCUUGUCUGAAUGAAGCCACUUGUCUCAAUACCAAUGGAUCUUUCACUUGCAUGUGUCCCCCAGGAUAUACCGGACAGUUUUGUGAGCUAGAUAUCGACGAAUGCGAAGAAGAUAUGCCUUGUCUGAAUGAAGCCACUUGUCUCAAUACCAAUGGAUCUUUCACUUGCAUGUGUCCCCCAGGAUAUACCGGACAGUUUUGUGAGCUAGAUAUCGACGAAUGCGAAGAAGAUAUGCCUUGUCUGAAUGAAGCCACUUGUCUCAAUACCAAUGGAUCUUUCACUUGCAUGUGUCCCCCAGGAUACACCGGACAGUUUUGUGAGCGAGAUAUCAACGAAUGCGAAGAAGAUAUGCCUUGUCUGAAUGAAGCCACUUGUCUCAAUACCAAUGGAUCUUUCACUUGCAUGUGUCCCCCAGGAUACACCGGACAGUUUUGUGAGCUAGAUAUCGACGAAUGCGAAGAAGAUAUGCCUUGUCUGAAUGAAGCCACUUGUCUCAAUACCAAUGGAUCUUUCACUUGCAUGUGUCCCCCAGGAUACACCGGACAGUUUUGUGAGCUAGAUAUCGACGAAUGCGAAGAAGAUAUGCCUUGUCUGAAUGAAGCCACUUGUCUCAAUACCAAUGGAUCUUUCACUUGCAUGUGUCCCCCAGGAUACACCGGACAGUUUUGUGAGCUAGAUAUCGACGAAUGCGAAGAAGAUAUGCCUUGUCUGAAUGAAGCCACUUGUCUCAUACCAAUGGAUCUUUCACUUGCAUGUGUCCCCCAGGAUACACCGGACAGUUUUGUAGGCUAGAUAUAAACGAAUGCGAAGAAGAUAUGCCUUGUCUGAAUGAAGCCACUUGUCUCAAUACCAAUGGAUCUUUCACUUGCAUGUGUCCCCUCGGCUACAGUGGAGUGUUGUGUGAUGAAGAUAUUAAUGACUGUACCAGUUCACCUUGCCUCAACGGGGGUGACUGCAUAGACGCUGGUCCUGUGGCCUACAACUGCUCGUGCCAAGAGGGAUGGACAGGGGAGAACUGCGAAACAUGCAGCAUAGCCUUCUGCAGCAAGUGCACUGAAGGAAGGUCCCCCAAAUGUACCGAGUGUUCUUCCAAAGACUAUGAGCUGGACAAAGAAGGACUGUGUGUUUGCAAGGAAGGCUUCGUUCAAGAUGAGGUAACAAAGGAUUGCAGAGAAAAGGAGCCCUCUACUGGAGACGACAACCAAAGUUCUAAUCUCGGAGUAAUCAUUGCUUGUAUAAUAGGGGCACUCCUGCUCUUGCUGCUAAUUACUCUUCUCGUCAUUGGAGCCUUCAUUGCUACGAGAAAGAGAGCUAAAGCGAAACUGGAGACUGAUGAGAUUUCACUGAAGUUAGUAACAAGUGAAACCCGUCUACCUUAGGAAACGGAACCACUUUAUAGUCAUGUGAUCACACUGCGUGUAUAUACGACGUCCCGCGCAUGCGUUAUUUUUUGCAUCAUCAUCCCCUUUCCUGCAGUCGGUCAUCAUACUGCAAUUUCGUUUUGUUCGUAUUGUCGUGCAGUUGAGUUACUCAACAUGCUGGGCAAGAAAUUAGUGGUGCUGCUGCUGGUAGCUGUAGUGGUAGGAUCAGGCUACAGUCAGUUCUGUACAAUACCUACGAAAGAAAGCCUGAAGUUCGAUCUGGAGGACACCGUGAUUCCUCUUAUCAUCCAAGCAGGAGAUGCUGCUGCAGCGCCUACAGUGGAUGUGUUUGAUUUGAGAAUUGUCUGUCUCAGAUUUUCUGAACAGCAAGACCUCCUACGCGGCCUUUCAGUCGUGGUGCACUACACUUGCUCUGAUCACAACAGCUGUCCAUCAGGAACUGUAGUGGAGCAGGUUGAGUCUGGUUGUGAAAGUGGACAGUGGACCAAUAGAGUAGAAGGCUCUACUUCUUUAACUCGUUCAGAAUCCACUGAAGCCAACCUUUCUACCACUGCCAGAGACGACUGUUCAGCUUGUGUGUCUCCAGAACUAGCAAGCGAGCUGGGUGUCACGACUGAUAGCGUAACUCACUGUGUAGCCUGUAACUCAACAUGUGAUCAAGGUCUCAUGAGAUGCUUUGGAUUUGGCGCCAGUGACUGCUGCAACUUCUACAACAACUCAGUGUGUGUGCAGCAGUGUCCCAGUCCUUUCGUUAUUGGAGGAGUUCCGCAAUCACAUGAGAUCGUUUGAAGAUCUCUCUCAAAUCAAGGGCCACGUUCUUGAGUUUGCUAGAGACCAGUAUGGCUCUAGGUUUAUCCAGCAGCAAAUGGAGACAGCAACCGACGAUGAAAAGGCUGACGUCUUUGCCGAGAUUGAGGGCAGUGCGGCAAAGUUGAUGGAGGAUCUCUUCGGAAACUACGUGAUCCAAAAGUUUUUCGAGUUUGGGAGCACCCCACAGAUCGAAGUCCUUUGCGACCUACUCAGAUGCGCGGUGUUCAAGUUGAGUCUUCAGACAUAUGGAUGUCGAGUGGUGCAGAAGGCUAUAGAGUGUCUACCACUAGAACUGCAGGUUAGGGUUGUCAGUGAACUGGAUGGCCACGUGGUGGAGUGUGUGAUGGAUCAGAAUGGGAAUCACGUCAUCCAAAAGUGCUUCGAAUGCGUCAACCCAACUUUUCUGGACUUCAUCAUCACUUCUUUCGAGGGAAUGGUGGUGCCACUGGCCACACAUCCCUAUGGAUGCAGGGUUAUCCAGAGGGCUUUGGAGCAUGCCAAUGUUGCACAGUGUAAAAGAUUGCUGGAGGAGGUCCUAAGGAACACCUACCACUUGGUGCAGGACCAGUACGGAAACUACGUUAUGCAACACAUCUUGGAGCAUGGGCAGACUUCGGACAGGGUCGAGAUCACCCAAAGGCUGCGCGGUCAUCUAACUACACUCUCUCAACACAAGUAUGCCAGCAAUGUAGUUGAGAAGUGUAUAUCCCACUGCCCUACGAAGGCCCUGAGGUAUCAGAUCAUCGAGGAACUGAUGCUUCAAGAAAACAUCCUACUGCUGCUGCUAAAGGACCCGUACGCCAACUAUGUGAUGCAGAAAGCGCUGGACUGUGCUGAUACUGGGCAAGGCAAGAUGAUGAUGUAUCGCAUUAGGCCCCAUCUCCCCAUCCUCCGAAGAUACACGUACGCGAAAUACAUGGUCGCCAAGGUGGACAAGAUCUUCACGAGAAGUGGAGGUUGGUUGAAGUGAGCCUUCUCAAGCCAACUCCCAUCUCCAUCAACCAAAUUCACCUUAUAACUCUCAAUAGUAUCCAAUCUCACAUUAUGUAUUAUACCACACUUUCACCCUCCGUUGUACCAACCGAACCAACUCAUUUUAUUGCUUCACGUGCAUCAUUACGUAUUCACAGAAGAUGGAAUUGUAGCAGUGGUGAUAUUCCAGUUCAUUGCAUGUAUCUGUCAUAGUGUGUAGUUUGGCCAAUCCAGUCAUCCUCUUAGUACUUUCUUCCGGCAUAUUCCAUGUAUAUUAUGCAUAGCUUCUCUACAAAACUGUCUUUGUUGUUCAAUCACUACUUUUUGUGUCUCCGACCAAUAGUAUCAGUGUCUCAAACAUUUUUUUUUUAUGGCACUCAUGUACAAUUAUGGUGUGAACAAAAUCAGGAUGAGUAGCAAGUGUUACAAUAAUUUGCGGAAGCAUGAUACAGAAAUUUUAGGCCGCAAACUGCUGAGUAAGCUCAAUUUUGCUUUCAGUUUUAUGUGGUGGGCGUUAUUUGGAGAUAUGGGUGGGCUUUAUUUGGAGAUAUGGGUAGGCGAGUUGAUAGUGCAAGCAUUUGGUACCUGAUUGAUCUUCAGAGACUGUGAACCAACCUUCACCUGCAAGGAGGCAGAAAUUUUGCCGUGAUUGAAGGAUUUUACCUGCUCGUAGGCCAAUAUCUAAUGUGCCAAUGGAAGCUGAUAACAUUGACAGUCCUAUAUAUACACCUGGAAAACUAUAAAAUUGAUCCUAUAGUAUCUUAUUGGGAGUUUUGCACUAUAAUCGAGCAGUGAAAUGCCAAACUGCAGCACUAUAUUAUAUACAAUGUUCUAUGUC